AUGCCCCCUCCGCCAGAUCAACGGGCCGAUAUUGAGCCCCCGCCGGAGGUCACCACCGAAGCCAUGAAGGGCUUCAUGACGGGUGUAUUCCGAUUCGGUUCAGUGUCCAUCCUCGCCCAUAUGAUCAUGAUCCUUCCUCACCCGUUCACCUUCACUGCCCCCACUCCGCCUGUUACUCCCGAAUCGCAGCCCCGUCCGCGCUCGUCGCCUUUUUCCCGUGAAUACCUACGCUCUCGCCUGUUCUACCGUCCACUUGAAGGAUUUUCCGAGUGGAUCUCGCCGGCAUCUCGGGUCUACCGCGGCCUGACCCCCCAGUUCAAGGUGUUUCUCCAGAUCGCCGUGAUGACCUUGGGCGGAUGUAUCUGGGCCGAAAAGCGAGUGACGGAAUACAUGGAGCUCAUGCGGCGCAUCAAGCGCGCAGAGCGAUAUCAGGCCGAAAGGCAACAGGGCCAUCGCCCUUAG